AUGGCCUCGAACAACCAGAGCGCAGCCCAACAACAACGAAGUCGCUCGUACAGCACACCGGAUAUCAAUGGGCCCAACGGUGUGCCAAGCGCACGCCGCAACCCCUCAGUGCCAUCGAUCCCAGCAGUACCGGGCAUUCCGUCUCAUCUGCACCCAGCUCAUGACGGCAAUCUUCCCCGCUCUCAGACCGGGUCUCCCCGACAGCAGAAUGAGCUUCCCAUGAGGUCAAACACGCAGAGCCCGGGUACCCAGCGUGAGCGGCAGUACGGCCAUCAAUCAUCGGGUAGCUAUGGUGGCACCAUGUCUCACUUUCCUGCUCAGCCGAUCUACCCCCGACACGGAACUCCUACUCAGGGCUUCCACAACGAGCGGAACCUCAGCAUCGACGCAACCGCAGCGGGUCGGUCUAUUUCGCCUGGCUUGGGUACCGCCUCUGGGAUCCAGACCAAUCCUCUAGCCAGCCCGGACCUGCCAAUCCCCACUCAAUUAAAGGUCAAGGUAAACUGUGUUGACAGCGGGAACUAUGUCACACUAGUGGUUGCAUUCAACAUCACGUACCAGUCACUCAUUGACCGCAUCGACGCUAAGCUCGCUCGCUUCACCAGCAGCAGCAUCAGCAAAGGCUCGUUAAAGCUGCGAUAUCGUGAUGAGGAUGGUGACUUCGUCACCAUUGAGAGUGACGACGACAUUCAAAUCGCAUUCCUUGAAUGGCGCGAGGGCGUGCGAAACAUGUACGCUGGUGGCGUUGGCGAGAUUGAGCUCUUUUGCGUAGGAGACACGGGUGGCGGAGGCAACAACGUUUGAACAGGUUUUGGAGUGAAUGAGGGGUUUCCCUCACCUCGCGUUUCAUCUUCUGGGCUUGACGGAUCAUCGUAGCAUACACCCGAUCGAGUCCCUUUCAUUUCGCAUUCUUGGAGUCUGGAGUCGGGAUUCCGGCCGCAUUCUGACGGAUUACUUCUGAGCCGCCCGCGGCUUUUGAUAUUUUUCUCUUUCAUCAUGGAUAAGGAAGCGGGGGAUGGAGGGUGUGAGCCGCACUUGUGGCGAGGUCCAUUGUUAUAGGGCAUUUGAGGCUUUUCGCGAAUCUAGACGGAUUGGGUCAGCAUACCCAUUUUUGGACCAUUAUGGCAUUCGGUUUAACACUCGCUUCGGACACGGGGGCAUUGGAUCAUGAAUUUAUUGCUGACGA